AUGCGUUUGUUGCAUAAUAGAAACUACUUUCCCCUGCAAACCUCUCCUGACGAUGAUGAAUAUGAAAAACUUGAAAAUUCCACAAAGAGGAUUAUACGACAAAGAUAUUGGCACCAAAAGCGGAAUUUUCAGCUUGGAAUUAUGAGGAUUGCAUUUUGGUUUACAGUUGCCUUAUGCGUCAGCGGAAUAUUAUAUACAUGGUUCGAAAGAUGGAAUCCUAAUCCGGAGACAAUUUGUGAUUUAAGCGAUUUUAACAACACUGUUCAGAUGCGAAAAUUCAUAAGCCAAGGCUUGUACCUUACUCCAAAAAUACUAGUGUGGAAUGGAUUUUUUAGCUCGAACCUUAAAGACAGGCUAGAUCGUGAUAUGUUGGACUGUCGCGAGCUUUGUUAUAUAACCGACAGAAGGCAAUGUAUUAAUACGUUUGAUGCUGUUGUCUUCCACAUCCGUAAUCUAGAUUUGUCAGACCUUCCGCAUCAAAGGUUCCCAAAACAAUUCUACGUUUUCUACUCACUAGAAUCCCCUCCUAAUUCUGGUAGCGCAGCUGGUCGUAUACAGUCGAAGUUCUUCAACUUAACUAUGACCUAUAAAAGGGAUAGUGAUGUUUGGACUCCUUACGACAGUUUCGAAGAAAUUACCAACGCUACUCAAACAGAAGUAAUGAAUAGUUGGGAUAAGGUAAGGUCUUUGGUGUUGUCAAAGACAAAAUCCGUUCUAGUGCUGAGGUCAAAUUGUCGUAGUAAGUCAAAUCGAGAAGUCAUUAUCGAAAAAUUAAAGAAGUAUAUCGCCAUCUCGGAUUAUGGUAAAUGUAGUGGAAGAGAAUGCGAUGACAACUGUGAGAUGAAACAAAUUAGACAGCAUCGAUUUUAUUUAGCUUUCGAGAACAGUAUUUGUAAGGAGUAUGUAACAGAAAAAGCGUUCAGAAUGAAGAAAUUAAUUGUACCAGUAGUCCUGAAACGCUCAAUUGUUGCUAAUAUACUUCCAAAUGGUUCCUAUAUAGCCGUUGAUGACUUCCAGUCAGUACAAAGCCUUGGACGUUACUUGAAAAAGUUAGAAGGUGAUGAAGAGGCAUAUCUGAGAUAUUUUCAGUGGACUAAAAGGUUCGAAGUAAGUAGAAUGAGCAAGGAUAUUUCAGCUGGCUGUUCACUUUGUCGCUUUCUUUACCACGUUGGCAAAAAAACCAAACUUGUCAGAGAUAUUCGGAAAUGGUGGUUCUCCGAUGAUGCCUGUGACAGUAAUUUUGUUAACCAUUACUUAGAACGAAUAACAAAGGAGUGA